AUGCAAGACGACACCCAGCAAAACCAGUCUCUAAAUGAUCUCAAUGAAGCCCAGGCUGGUAGCCUGGCAUGCACCUGGACGCUUUUUGGAGUCACGACCAUCAUUGUUAUUCUUCGCUUUAUCGCUCAAAUCAGAGUUUUACGGAAAGCUAGUGUCGAUGAUAUUUUAAUAAUCAUUGCGUGGUCUUUACAAGCUGCUAGUGCGAUAUUAUGCACUAUUGCAAUUUCUUGGGGCCUUGGACGGCACCCCUCGGAAUUCCGUAAUACAGCUACAUAUAUGAAUGCCCUGAAGUACGAAAUGUAUGCCGCGACGACUAGCACACUAUGUGCCAUGCUUGCUCGAAUAUCAUUCGCCGUGUUCAUAUCCUAUUACGCAUUACAUGCUUCGAAAAUACGACAUAUAUUUAUCUACAGUUUGAUCGUCCUGCAAUUGGUUAUCAAUAUCAUCCCCGUCGCGCUCUCUUGGGUUCGCUGCACCCCCCUUUUGUCACAUCCACAGGCUCGUAUCAACUCGGAACUAUGCUACAUCGCUCCUCAUGUUGUGGGCUGGCACUAUGCACAAGGAGCUGUCAAUGCAGUGUCAGAUUUAUGCCUCUCGCUGCUCUCCCUGAUUGUGGUCUUCAGAUUGAGAUUUCGGGGCUGCAAAAUAGUCAGUAUGGGACUGCUGCUUGCGUUUAGUCUUUUGGCUGCGGUGGCUUCCAUAGUGAGAACGGUGGAAGUAAAGUAUUCACGAAAAUCAGGAGAAGACUUCAUCUAUCGCAUUAGCACAUGGAACUACUGGUACUCAGUCGAAAAUGCCGUCUUGAUAAUUUGCUCUUCAGUUCCAAAGAUCAAAGAACUAGUUCUAAUGUUUCAUAAGAACCGGAAAAAUUCUCGAAAUUCCAACAUGCCGACAGAAGAUAGAGGCUUAACAAUGGAAUACAGCAUCGGAUUCAGAAGCCUUCAUUCGAGAAACAACUCUGAAAGUAAAGGGAAGUCUUCCCUCAGAGCUCCAUCAAUCCCAGGCACCCACUACGAAGCCGAUUCGAUAUCUCGACAAGGUGGUAGCAGAUCGAGUAUUCAACUCCUUCCCAGUCCGCCAAAAACUGCCAACCACGGUCGUUGUCAACAUCCGCGUCAGCACAGAAGGAAUCUCAGUGACUCAAUCAGCUUCAAGUCUUUCCCAAGUCCAACACACAAAAACUACAGCAAUACGAAACAGUCCUCAUCUAAGAGGCCCCUUAGCCGCCCGGCUUCCUGUAAUGAUUUCACCUCGCCACAACUUACAAGCCGAACAGUCAUCUCGGUCGGCGAGCGCCCCCAAAUCCCCAUCUCAUUAUCUCUCCCUGCAAGCGGUCGAACCUCAGGAGAGGAGCGCCGACGAGGAGACAUUUCGCCGCGGAGCCUAUUAUUCCCAUUCACGGCUACUGAAACUUGCGACUCGCCUACAGGCUAUGAUAAUCCCUUUUGUAUCCUGAAAACAGACAACUUCACUGUUGAAUACGAGGACACAAACGAAGAAUCCCACCAAAAUCCCUCGCAAGAUGUUAGUCUCGGCUGGACCACGAUGCGAAACGAAAACAGCAGGGUUGUUGGAGAUCUAUAUAACGAAAGCGACGCAGACGGAUUGCAACUACAAGAUAUUGGUUCGAUAUUGAGACAUUCUCAAGAUCAUGUUUGA